AUGGACGAUGACGAGCACGCACCGAGCAGGAUGAGCAGGUUAAAGCUCCAUGACAGCGCCAUCAAUGGCGCGCCCCCCGGCACCCAUCAACCCGCCGAAUCCGCACCCCCCGACGCGCAAAAUGGCUCCUUUCCGUCCCCCGACACGUCGCUCGACGGCCUCAAGUCUCGCAGCGACAGCGUCGAGACCCCUGGCUCGACCAAGCCCCUCCGUCCAUCCCGCAAGGCCCCUCAGAAAGCGCCCGGCCGCGAGUCUCUGCUCUUUAGCCACCUGCCCGACGCUACCCCUCAGUCUUGCGAGACCUUCCAAGUGAUCCCCGACUGCCUCUACGGAUCCAAGCACCUGGGCUCCACGGACAACGAUGCUCUCGACUGUGACUGUAGAGAAGAAUGGCGGGACGGUGAGAAUUGUGCCUGCGACGAGGAUUCCGACUGCAUCAACCGCGCCACCAAGAUGGAGUGCAGUGCCAGCGCCGGCAACUGCAGCAACGGCUGCCAGAACCAGCGAUUCCAGCGCAAGCAAUGGGCCAACGUCUCCGUCAUCAAGACGGACAAGAAGGGCUAUGGCCUCCGCACCGACUCGGACCUCCACCCCCACGACUUCGUCUACGAGUACAUCGGCGAGGUCAUCAACGAGCCCACCUUUCGCCGCCGCAUGCUGCAGUACGACCACGAAGGCAUCAAGCACUUUUACUUCAUGUCCCUCAACAAGAACGAGUUCGUCGACGCCACCAAAAAGGGCAACCUCGGGCGUUUCUGCAACCACUCCUGCAACCCAAACUGCUACGUGGACAAGUGGGUGGUGGGCGACAAGCUCCGAAUGGGCAUCUUCGCCCUGCGCACCGUCCGUGCCGGCGAGGAGCUCGUCUUCAACUACAACGUCGACCGCUACGGGGCCGAUCCCCAGCCGUGCUACUGCGGGGAGCCAAACUGCGUCGGCUUCAUUGGUGGCAAGACCCAGACCGAGCGUGCCACCAAGCUGCCCGCAGCUACCGUCGAGGCUCUUGGCAUCGACGACGCUGAUGGCUGGGACACGGCCGUCGCCAAGAAGCCUCGCAAGAAGCGGCCCGACGAGGAUGACGAGGAGUAUGUCAACAGCAUCCAGCCGCGUAACUUGGACGAGGACGACGCCCGCAAGGUCAUGGCUGCCCUCAUGCAGUGCAAGGAGAAGUGGAUCGCCGUCAAGCUGCUGGAGCGCAUCCAGCGCUGCGACGAGGAGCGCGCGAUCCAUUGCGUGAUGCGCAUGCACGCCUAUCAGAUCCUCAGGACGACGCUCAACACCUUCCUCCAAGACCACAACGUGGUGUUGCAGGUGCUUGACAUCUUGGACAAGCUGCCGCGCCUGACGAGAAACAAGAUCCAAGACUCCAACAUCGAGGCCGUGGUUGAGGGUUUGGCCGGCUCCGAGCACGAGGACGUCGCCUCCAAGUCGAAAAAGUUGCUCGACGACUGGAGCAGGCUCGAGGUGGCCUACCGCAUCCGACGGCGCAAGGUCGACUCCAGCGCCCCCGUGCAAAACGUCUACGAAGACCGCCGAGGAGGUCAGGCUCGCGAGGAGGAGACGGCGCAGUCGACGCCCAAGACGGCGUCGCCGCGCACCCUUGAUGCCCCAAAGGGCCCGCGCAGCAGCGUCCCGCAACGGAACAACUCUCUCUACUUCAACAACCAGAGGCAACGUCGGCAGUUCACCCCUCUGCCGGACGGCUGGUUCGCUGCCAAGGACGGGCGAGGCAACACCUACUUCUACACCAAGUCCGGCAAGACUACGUGGCAGCGCCCGAGCCAUGCAGCUUCUGAAUCCACGCAAAAGGGGCCGUCGAAAGCCAUGCAGGAACAGCUUGCGAUCCAGAGCAUCAUUGACAAGGUCACCAAAGAAGGGACGCCGAAGCCGUCAGCUCCGCCGCCAAGAGAGUCUCUUGAGACGGUUUCGGUAGAGCCCAGAAAGGAGAAAUGGCGGUCUCUGCCGCUCGACAAGCAGAUGAAGAUUUAUGAGAACACUGUGUUCCCUCCCGUCAAACACGUGCUGAACAAAUUCCUGAAGAAGCUUCCCAGGGAAGAGCUGAAGCGGCUGGGCAAAGACAUUGCCAAGAAGCUUGUCGCGUCGGAUUACAAGAACAAGAGAGUCGGGGACCCGACUGCCGAGCUCACCGAGAAGCAGGUGCUGAAGAUCAAGAAGUUCGUGUCGGAUUUUUUGAAUCGCGCAGUCGAAAAGUACGAAGCCCACAAAAAGAAUAAGGCGUCGAGGGAGAAUGCAGCUUCGGACGAGGGGGCAGGUGCUGGCGGCGAACGGGGCGAAAUGUCUCGGGCAGACCCAGACGCCAGUAGCGGCAGUGCGGGCGACGCUUCGACGCCCAAGGAGGGGGACCGCAAGCGAAAGCGCGAGCCAGACUUGGCAGACUCGACGGACGCGACUCCAUCUGAGAGCCGGGAUCUGAAGAGACUCAAGGACGAGGAAGCGAGCCCUCCGCCCCCUCCACCGCCGCCGCCCGAGUCGGCCCCGGAAGACGAGAUGACGGACGUGCAGCGAGCUUUCCGAGAGCAGGAAGAAGCCCUCGUUCGAGAGAAUGAGGAAGCGCAGAGGCUAGAAGACGAAGCCAACAAGAGCAAGAUGCUGGAGGACGCGGGCGAGGCAGUAUGCAAGGACAUACCCCUGGCUGCUUGA